GCCCCGUGUAGCCAAAAGAGGAGCUCCCAGUUGCCCAGCUGCGCGCUCCCGAGUGGCCCGGCGCCCACCAUGCGGCCCCUCCUCAUGCUAUGCGGCUGCCUCGCGCUCCCAGGUUAUGGAUCGGUGGUGGACCCGAAGGAGAUCAGUGGCUUCGAAGGUGACACUGUGUCCCUGCAAUGCACCUAUGGGGAGGAGCUAAAGAAGCACCAGAAAUACUGGUGCCGCGAGGCCGGGCUCUUCAUCUCCCGCUGCACUGGGACUGUCUUCUCUGGAGAAUACGGCCAGGAAGGAAGGGUGUCGGUCCACGACAACCCGCGGGAGAACAGGUUCACGGUCAUCCUGAGGAACCUCACCCUGAAGGACAUGGGGAAGUACUGGUGUGGGGUCAAAAAACUGGGCUUCGAUAAGACUAUGUCAGUCUCUCUGCUUGUCUUUCCAGGGACCUCUCUCCACCCAGCAGCUUCUCCAUUUGCAAGGAUCUCUCCUCACCCAGCAGCUUCUCCGUUUGCAAGGAUCUCUCCUCACCCAGCAACCUCUCCGUAUGCAGGGACCUCUCUCCACCCAGGAGCUUCUCCAUUUGCAAGGAUCUCUUCUCACCCAGCAACCUCUCCGUAUGCAGGGACCUCUCUUCACCCAGGAACCUCUCCUCCUGCAGGGAUCUCCCAGCCAGCCACACAAUUGGACUCUACCUCAACAGAGGACACCAGUUUUGUCCCCAGCAGCAGCUCCAAGUCCAGGCUUCUUCCAUGUCGCCCACAGGGUAUCCGUCCCUUUGAUCAGAAUCUUGGCCCCAGUCCUGGUACUGCUAGCCCUUCUGCUGGCCACAGGCCUGGCCGCCCUCGGCAGCUGCAUGUUUCAAUGGAGAGAAAAAGCUCAGCUGGCCUCGGAGACACAGAAGAAGGACAAUGUCCAUCUCUCCCACUUGGCGCUGGGGAACAGCUGUGUCCCGGAGUCCACUGUGAUCAAGCUUGCAGAGCCCACUGGGCUUCCCGCCAGCCCCGAGCCCUCCGCCAGCUCCAACACGGAGAUCUGGUGCCUGAGCCAGACUUCAGAGGAUGACGAAGCCUCUUGGCGGGACCAUAAGGAAGACAUGACCCCAGCCUCUACCCUCCCCAUGUCUGGGGACGAGCCAGGCUUUUCAAAGUUCAGCUCAGUCUAGCCAUCGAAAGCUCUCCUUGAAUCUCUGGAAGGGCUGAACUUGCACUAACUUGGACAAGCUUUCUGCUAUGACUUCAGAAUCCUCCUGCCUGAGUCCAGGUCUCUCCCCUACCCUUCCCAAGCUUUCCUCUUGCCCAUCUCAGCUGACCCUGAAGGCUUCAUCAGCCCUGAGGCCUGAUGCGGUGGCCUCAUAUUUCCAGCUGGAAACUGGGGCCUCUCCAAGAUGGUCACAUCCUUGGGCAAAGCAUACAACCGCUGGACCUUCGAGGGGUCAGGCAGGGCUCAGAGGGUCUGGUCGAAGUCUGUGUCUGCUAUGGGGGGUCCCCUGGGCCUCGGUGCCCAGUCACAGGUCCCUUCUAAUUCCCCUUCCAGACGCCACCUUCUCCUCCCUUCCUUCCAUCCUCAGACUCAGGGCUAAGUUCUCCCACAUAAGCUGGUGAGGAGGAGGGAGCCUGUCGGGUUAGCCUGGAUCCUGAUUUCUCAAAGCCAAUUGUGAACCACCUGCAUCCCUUUUUAACCAGGAAACUGGUUAAAAAGAUGAUUCUGGGGCCCCAUCAAGAGCUGCCCAAACCAGGAUUUGGCUGGUGGUCCAGUAAUUGGGACUCCAUGCUUCCACUGCAAGGGGCACUGGCAUGGUACUGCCGAAAAAAAGAAGAAAAUAAACUACCAAAACCAUCUCUGAGGCUGGGCCUGGGAUUAUGCAUUUCUUCCAAGUGCACCAGUGAUUCUAACACUGGUGUUUGAGUACCAGUGGGCUGGUUGAGCUCUCAGGUCCCUCCAGCUUAGAGAGUCAACAUUUGGUGUGUGGAGUCUUCCCCCUUUCCCCUAUAGGGCCUGCUCUUCCCACCACACCAUGGCCCAGCUGGAGGCUUUCCUGGACCUGCCUCAGUCCAGGCUCAGGUCAAGUGCAUAUCAGAAAGGCCAAGCCCAAGACUGGCCAGGAGUGGUUGUCUAUCCGAUCUUGAGGUAGGAGGAAGAUGGGCUCCAGGCUAGGCAUUUACAACUGGCCUCCUCCUAUUUAGAUUUCUUGGGGACGAGAAAAAGAUGGGCUUCAGGCCGGACACUUUGAACUAGCUUCCUGUUUGCAUUUCCUGAGACAGAAGAGAAGUGGGCUCCAGGUUAGGCAUUUAUAAUCGGACUCUUGUUUGUGCUCUGAAAUGGAAGUCACAACAGAAACAGGGUAAAUAGCCAGGAUUUGUCUCAUGUGGACACUUGCCAAGAUAGCAGUCUUGGCAAGAACAAAGAGGGACUAAACCUUGUUGGAGCAAAAGAUCAAGAGAUCCCAUAUUCCCCCUCCUUUAACCUCAGAUACGCAGAUGACACCACCCUUAUGACAGAAAGCUAAGAACUAAGGAGCCUCUUGAUGAAAGAGGAGAGUGAAACAGUUGGCUUAAAACUCAACAUUCAGAAAACUAAGAUCAUGGCAUCCGGUCCCAUCACUUCCUGGAAAAUAGAUGGGGAAACAGUAACAGACUUUAUUUUGGGGGGCUCCAAAAUCACUGGAGAUGGUAACUGCAGCCAUGAAAUUAAAAGACGCUUGCUCCUUGGAAUAAAAGCUAUGACCAACCUAGACAGCAUAUUGCCAACAAAAGUCUGUCUAGUCAAAGCUAUCGUUUUUCCAGUAGUCACGUAUGGAUGUGAGAGUUGGACUAUAAAGAAAGCUGAGUGCCGAAGAAUUGAUGUUUUUGAACUGUGGUGUUGGAGAAGACUCUUGAGAGUCCCUUGGACUGCAAGGAAAUCCAACCAGUCCAUCCUAAAGGAAAUCAGUCCUGAAUAUUCAUUGGAAGGACUGAUACUGAAGCCGAAACUCCACUGCUUUGGCCACCUGAUGCAAAGAACUAACUCAUUGGAAAAGACCCUGAUGCUGGGCAAGAUUGAAGGCAGGGGGAGAAGGGGACAGACAGAGGAUGAGAUGGUUGGAUGGCGUCACCGACUUGAUGGACAUGAGUUUGAGCAAGCUCCAGGAGUUGGUGAUGGACAGGGAAGCCUAGCGUGCUGUAGUCCAUGGGGUCGCGAAGAGUCACUCACAACUGAGCAACUGAACUGAAUCUGAAUCUGAAUGGGGCAAGGGAGGCAAAAGGAAGGGAGGUCACCCCAUAGGCCUCUGGGCUGGAAUCCAUCUUGGCUGAGGGGUGUGUGCUCACCUAGGGGAGAGUCCUGAGACAAAUUAGCCAGGGGGACAAACAAGACAGUUGGCCAGAGGGAAGACAAUGACCUGUAUAACUGCCUCUUUAUAAAGGAUUUAAACUUCCCAAAGGCGUAGCUCUCAAGACUCUCGGGGUUCAUCCAUGCUUCUUUCUGCAUGUACUCUGCUUUUCCAAUAAAUGUUUACUUUU